AGGCCGGGCGCUCGGUCGGUCGGCGGGAUGCGGCUGUCGGUGGCGGCCGCCAUCUCGCAUGGCCGCGUCUACCGGCGGCUCGGGCUCAGCCCGCGGUCGCGCCUGGACCUGCUGCGGAACUUGGUGACAGCGCUGGUGCGCUAUGAGCGCAUCGAGACGCCCUGGGCGCGGGCCGACGAGAUGCGCGGCUACGCCGAGCGGCUCAUCGACUACGCCAAGCGGGGGGACAAAGACGAGCGCGCCAUGCGCAUGGCGGAUUUCUGGCUGACCGAGAAGGACCUCGUCCACAAGCUGUUCAAGGUGCUGGCGCCCCGCUUCCAGCCGCACGCUGGCAGCUACACGCGGCUGCUGCAGAUCCCCAACCGGGACGGGCUGGACCGCGCUAAGAUGGCGGUGAUCGAGCUGAAGGGGAACCCGCUGCCGCCGCUCGUCCGCCCGCGCCGCGACUCCGACAGGACCCUGCUGAACCAGCUGCUCAAGGGGUACCGGCAGGACGCGCAGCGGGCCCGCGGCACCCCCGUCUAGGGCACCCCCGUGGCCCAGGGAAGGGAUGGUGUGUGAGGCAGGCAGGAGGGAUGGAGGGUGAUGGAAGUUGCCAUGGAGAGGGCUGCUGAGUUUCACCACUUCCUCCCGAUAGUUUGAAGAUGACACUCAGCAGGAGAAGGAAAUAAAGCUAGGAGCUGUGAUGAUCGGUAUUUUCUAUGUAAAUAAACUUUGUUUGGAAAGUC